CUGAUUCAGGCCGAAAGGGGCGGUGCUUCGCCUCCAACGCAGCGACGUGGCCGCUUGCUCAUUACAGCGUCACCGCAGUCUUGGUCGAUACACUCGUUCCUUACCUCUCUCUCCUUAAAAAUGGCCGCUAUGGGAUAUGCUCAACGUACUGGACACUCCGUUUACGUUGGUAACUUGCCUUACCAGACUACCGAGGAUGCUAUCGGAAAUUACUUCAGCCAAGCUGGUAAUGUAACUAACGUCAGAAUUGUCUACGAUCGUGAAACCGGUCGCACCAAAGGAUUUGGAUUCUGCGAGUUCGCUGACCAGGCUGGAGCUCAAAACGCUGUGAACACCCUCAACGGAGCUGACUUCAAUGGCCGAUCACUUCGUGUGAAUUAUGCCAACAAGAACUGA